AUGGCAUAUCCUUGGCCUCUCACGUGCCUGCCUGCCUUGUGUUCCCCUCGUAACAUCCUUCAACUCCGUCCGAUCUCACUCACCCAUUUCCUUGCCCCACAACAGGCUCUGGGCGGCAUCCUGACGCCUGCAGUGGACAGCCGCCCUCAACGCCGUGACGGCUGCACUCUACUUCUCAUUCACCUCCGUGGUGGCUUUCUAAGUCACCUACAAAUCCCCUCCAUCCUCCCCUCUCGUCUUCCACGCAGCCUGCAGUGGACAGCCGCCCUCAACGCCGUGACGGCUGCACUCUACUUCUCCUUCACCUCCGUGGUCGCCCUCGUCACCUUCGCCACCUUCACGUGCCUCGGAGGGCAACUCACCGCAGCCUCUGUGUUCUACGUGCUUACUCUCCUCGAGGUGCGCUGCACCUCUCCUUGCUUCCCUUCCAUGCACCUCCAUCGAGCCAUCCGAAAGGAAAACUGCAUCUCUCACAGCGUGCCUCAGAGGGCACCUCUCACGGCGGCCGCUGUGUUCUACAUGCUCGCUCACGUUCCUCCAGGUACGUCUUUCCUUGCUUCCGUGCCCCUCAGCCGAGCGCUCACGCUUCGUGCUAACUCAGUUCUUGAGGCGCCUCAUAAACACCCUCACGUGCCUCGGAGGCCAACUCACAGCGGCGCUGUGUUCUACAUGCUCGCUCAUGCUCCUAUUGAGUCGACUCAAAAGCAUACGUGCUCGCUCAUGCUCCUCGAGUCCACUAACAUGCCCCACACUUCCCUUCCUCCCCUCCCUCCGUUCCCUCCGCUCCUCCCUCCGUUCCCUCCGCUCCUCCCUCCGGUCCCUCCGCCCCUCCAUACCAUAUCCCCACAGAUCCCGCACUACACCAUGGGGUGGAAGCGAUUCAUGAGCUUUCAUGCUGCUGCUGGCCCUUCCCCUGCUGUUGGCCCUUCUGCUGCUGCUGCUUCUGCUGAUGCUGCUGGUGCUGCUGCCUUGGAGGGCACGUGUGUGACUGCACAGGAGGAGCAAGAGGGGCAUGUUGAGAUAGACGGUGCACGCGCACCGAGCGGUCGGGGGAGGGGGAGUGAGCGUGAGGGUGGGAGAGGCAGAGCUGCUGGGAGUCACUGGCAAGACGGGCAGUGGCAAGUCACUGCUGCUGCUGGGUAUCCUCGGGGAAGUGCCUCUCUCAUCCGGCGCCAUGCACCGCUCCGUGCCUCCCUCGCCUACGCAUACGCAUCGCAGCAGGUCUGCCUCCCAUUUGCUGCUCAACCUUUGCUACUCGUCUCUCUCUCACCCCUUCCCUACCCACUCCCGCUCCUCAUUGAGGGGACGCCGUUCCUCAUCGAAGGCACGGUGCGUGAAAACAUCCUAUUCGGCACACCGCUAGACGAGGCUCUCUAUGCCAAGUCCCAUUUCCCCAUCACCCACUCCUCCCCUUUGCCCACUCCUCCCCUUUGCCCUCUCCUCCCCUUUGCCCUCUCCUCCCCUUGCCCUCUCCUCCCCCUCCCCCCUGCCCUCUCCUCCCUUUGCCCUCUCCUCCCCUUUGCCCUCUCCUCCCUUUGCCCUCUCCUCCCCUUUGCCCUCUCCUCCCCUUUGCCCUCUCCUCCCCGCCUCUAUCUCCUCCCCGCCUCCAUCUCCUCCAUCUCUCGCCACUCUCUCUCAUUCUGCUAG